AUGCUCGCGAUGGUGCUUGCAAACAAGCUCGACCGCAACCUGCGCGCGGUAGAAGAGAGUUCAGAUGGCGAAGACUACUACGAGGUUACGGACCGGUCUUCUUCUGCCUCUGUAAUCGAGGCAGAUGAAGGCGGAAACGUCAUCAGCUCCGGUGGCGAAGAGGAUGCGGGGUCUGAAGACAGGUCAGAUGUUGAAAACGACGACGACCAAGUAAAGGCGCAAAUGAGCAGAGUCUCAUUCGGCGCAUUAGCCAAGGCCCAGGAUGUACUCUCGAAAUCGUCUGACCGAAAACGCAAGCGAGGCGACGACACAUCAAAAUCACAAGAAGACAAGCUGGAGGCGUUGAGAGAGCGAUUACGGCAGAUCAAGGCCGAGAAGCUUGCAAGUGGUGCACAGCCUAGCAAAAAAGCAAAGACAUCGAGCAAGUCCAAGGCGAAGCCCGUUCAGAGUGAUAGUGGCGACGACGACGCCAGUGACAGCGAAGGCUCUGAUUCAGACGCCGCGCCCCAUGCGCGCUCGAGCAAACACGCCCCAGCCGUCCAGUCGAGCAAGCGCAUGGUGUCGCGUAAACGCCAGGUGGUUGAGGUGAAGAAGCCCGUCUUCCGAGACCCACGAUUUGAUAACGUAUCCGGGCCCCGGCCAGACGAGUACGUGGUCGACAAGCGCUAUUCCUUCCUCAAUGACUACCGGGCGUCUGAAAUCUCAGAAUUGCGUAACACCAUCAAAAAGACAAAGAACGAAGAUGAAAAAGAGCGGCUCAAGAAGAAGCUUUUGUCCAUGGAGUCCCAGCAGAAGGCAAGAGAAAACAAGGAGAAGCUCAAGGAGGUCUCACGCGAGCACAAGAAGAAGGAAAAGGAAUUGGUUAAGGAGGGCAAGAAGCCAUUCUUCUUGAAGAAGUCCGAGCAAAAGAAGAUUGCGUUGGUCGACCGGUUCCAGAACAUGAAAUCGAAGCAGCGCGACAAGGUCAUCGAACGCCGGCGCAAGAAAGUCACUGCCAAAGAAAGGAGGAACAUGCCCGAUACGCGGCGCACUGCUUAA